CUACCAUGAAAGUAACACUUGGAGCCCAUUCAAUAAAAAUACAAGAGAAAACGCAACAGAAAAUCAAUGUGAAGAAAUCUUAUCUUCAUCCCUUCUUUGACAACAAGACUCCAGCAAAUGACAUUAUGUUGCUCGAGCUUGAAAGUGCAGCAAAGCUGAAUCGGUUUGUCUCUGUUCAUAAACUGCCAAAAUCAUAUGAAGAUGUCAAGGCAAAAACAAACUGCAGUGUGUCUGGAUGGGGAAUAACGGACAAUACUAAAAGAAAAUCAUCUGAUGUGCUCAGAGAAGUGAAUGUUACAAUAAUUGAUCGAAGAAUCUGCAAAGGUUCUAAGUACUGGGGUCUGUUAAUAACUAUGGACAUGCUCUGUGCGGGAGAUGCAGACGGUAAAAAAGAUUCAUGUGAAGGGGACUCAGGUGGACCGCUAAUAUGCAAAGGCGAGCUAAAAGGCAUUGCAUCUUUUGGAGACAAAAACUGUGGAGAUCCACAGAAACCUGGAGUCUACACACGUCUUUCAGAGGAUUAUAUUUUGUGGAUCCGUAACAUCACUAAACAAGCAGAGUAUUAAUACAACUGAUAAUGCUUAGACUUAACCACUUAAUAGAAUGGUAGGAAGCUGCUGUAACAUAUUUGUUAUAUAAUUCAUAAAUCUGUAAGUUACUGUAGAAUUUUAAUUGAAAUAAAAAAUGGAAGGUUUAAUUAUACUAGCAUGCCUUUUGCAUUUUAUGUUAAUCUUGGAUAUUAAACAAGUUAAUUUGCUUCUGUUAUACAACUCAGAAUUAACAAGUUCAGUGAUAUUUUAUUAAUUUUGAAUGGUAAAUAGUAGACUGAAAUAUGACAAUUUAUCACCUGCAUUAAAAAAGUGCUAUGUUGUCAUCAAGGGCAUGCUACCUAGCAUGUCUAGGCAUGAUAGCAAAGCUUUAGUUUCUCUUUACAAGGCCAUAAUUUACAGCUGUACCCUAAUAUUCAAAUUGGAAAUAAGUCAAGAAAAUUUUACAAGGCAGCUCGAUAGUGUUAACCAUUAUGAUUAUAAAAAUAAACUCCAGCAGUUGUCAUUGUUCUCUGCAUUUUAGAGCAAUUGGGGGAUCCAAUUCCUGCAUAUAAAUGCCAGUGCCUCUACUUCUGAUAUACAUACCCCUUCUACCUGUAACCUAAGCUGCAAAACUAUAAUUAGUAGACCAACUAAAUGUCUCCUGGUCAGUCAUCUCAAUAUUAGGAGCAUUAAUAACAAGGUGCAUGAACUGCAUGCACUCCUGGCUGUCCACUCCCCUGAGAUUCUCUAUCUGAGACCUAGCUAAAACCUAAAACAAUUGACAAAGAAGUGUUACCACCUGGGUAUGACAUGCACAGGCUCGAUCGUGUUUCUAGGAAGGGGGACGGGGUAGCUAUACUCUACAAAUCUGAAUUGAAUGUGACCAUAGAUGCUAAUCAACCACCUCAAAUUAAUAACUCUGAAAUGCUUGCCACUAAAUUAGAGCUUAACAAAAGUAAAUGCAUCAACAUAAUCUGUAUGCAUAUUCCCUAGGGUAAUAAUGUAGCCACACUUGAAGGCACUGUACACUGGCUCUCAUGUCAUUACCCCCAAGAAACCCUAUUGCUUAGUGUAUUUAACAUAGACUGGGGCACCAGUUCCUCAGAUUCCCCUUCUACCCACAUUAACCUACAAGCAUUUACUAAAUUCAUAACCACCCCUACCAGGCUAGGUAAACCCAAUCAAAAAGAGAGCAUACUCGACUGGGUACUUGUAAACAGUAACCCCCAAUUGUAUACUGCUGCAACCCUCCCCGAUUACCGAAGAGACCACCUUCGCACAACCUCUACUCAGAAAAGUCAGAAACAGAAAAGAAUUUGACCCUGCCAAAUUCCAACAAGAACUUAACUCCUGUAACUGGACUAUGCUAAAACACCUCCCCUUGGAUGAGACUGGCAUAUUUUAACAACAAAUUUCUUGAUAUCCUUGAAUCUCAUGCACCUGCUCAUUCAAAGCGAAGAAAGGCAAAAACCGCACCAUGGCUGUCUAAAGAAUAUAGACUAAAAAUUAUCAGCAGAAACAAAAUGUGGGCUCUAUGGCGCUCCACUAAAGACCCCCAUGAUCAUGUUAAAUAUAAGCAAGCUAGGAAUGAAGAUAAAAAAUCCAUUUUACAAGACAAAAAACAAUACUACUGUAAUUUACAGACAGCAAACCAGAACAAUCCUUAGAAGUUCUGGGCAGGUCUGAAUAAUUUACUUCAUCCUGGAAAAAUGUCAACCCUUAUCCCCUCUGCUAUGAUUGAUAAAUCCCCUGAGGAUAUUUCAGACAUUUUUGACCAUUUCUUUAUUGAGAAAAUUCAAGCCCUAGCUAGCCAAUUACCUCCAAGCUCCCCUGGCCCAGAAAACACCACCCCCACAAACCUACUCUCAUUCAGCUUCCAACCAGUGCCCAUGUCACUUAUCUGCACCUUGAUCAAAAAAUUAAAACCCACCACACUCUCCACUGACCAACUCCCUGCAGAGUACCAUCAAAAAUCAGCUGAUGCAAUUGCCUAUCUAUACUAAUUAAUCGUACCAUAGUAGAGGCUAAAAUUCCCAGCAUUUGGAAAACAUCCUAUGUAAUCCUACUACAUAAAAGAGGUUCUUUCACUGAAUUAUCCAAUUACAGAACAAUAGCUAUACUUUCUCCACUAGCUAUGAUCAUGGAAAAAUGUAUACACAAACAACUCAUGCACCACCUAAUUCAGAAUCACCUCAUGGGCGAUACCCAACACGGCUUCCGUCCACACCACAGCACAACUUCUGCACUACUAGCAUUUACCAAUACCAUAAAUAAUAAUCGUAACAAUAAUCACUUAUCCUCAGCCCUCUUCUAGGAUCUUUCCAAGGCAUUUGACAUGGUGGAUCACCAAUUUUUGAUUCACACCCUGAAAUUUUUCUAUCUAAAUUCUAAUGCCAAUCAAUGGUUUAAAUCCUACCUCAAUGGGAGCAACAGGCUGUUCUCCGGCAGAACAAGCUCUCUAACCUAUUACCUAAUACCCUUGGAGUACCUCAAGGCUCCAUAUUUGGGCCGCUACUGUUUUCCGUAUUUAUUAAUGAGUUACAUAUACUCAUCCCAAAGGUCAGCUGUAUUCACUACGCAGAUGACUCCACCCUGAUAUGCUCAGCCACAUCUCCUUCAGACCUUUGGUUUGCCACCCAGUCCAUCUUCAAUACUAUAGAAAACUGGCUCUCAGAACAUCGAUUGUUGCUAAAUCCUAAAAAGACUAAAAUGUUGUUAUUCUCACCAACCCAAAAGUCUGCUGCUUUUACCUUCAUAAAUGCAAAAGAUGGCACAAUAAUCGCCCCCAACCCCUCUACUAAACUAUUAGGAGUCAUUAUCAAUAAUAACCUAACAUUUGACCUUCAUGUAAACCAAACAAUCAAGACCAUCAAUAAAAAACUUGGGUCACUGUAUAGAAAAAAAACCUUCCUAACCCCACCAGCUAAGAUUGCCAUAGCUCACUCCCACUUGCUUUCAACACUUGUAUAUGCUUCCCCCCUUCUCUCUAAUCUAAACAAGACUGUACUUACUAGACUGUCAACCUGUUGCAAUCACAUUGCCAGGUUUGCCACUGGCCUGCCUUUUAGAACGCACCACUGCAUCAACCUUAAACAGCUUGGAUGGCUAGAACUUCCCAGUCUAAUCCAAUAUCACCUUCUGAUUAUGGCUAACAAAAUCUUCUACAACCCAGAUAAUACACCAGCUCUAAAAAAUAUUAUCACCCCUUACAACAAUCCAAGACUGCUUAGAUCCUCAUGCAGACUUUUAAUUCAGACAAUCAAAAUUAACAAUGUAGGCGAUGACUCCCUCCUUGCAAACUCUGUAGGCCGAGCCUGGAAUCUACUUCCAGCUGGUAUUACUUUGCUCUCUUCCCUAUGUCAAUUUAAAGCAAAACUUAAGCAACAUCUAGCACUAAACUGGCUUUGCCACUGCAACAAGCCUGGCUAACUCUCACCAUGAAUGUGAACAAUCUAUUAGUCAAACUACUGUUUAUUUUUUCUCCUGACUGUUUCCAGGUGUAACUCAACCUCAUGAGACUGUAUAUUCAUAUCUGCUUAUGUAUUCUUUGUAAAUAUCAUAUUUGUAAUAUGCCUUCUUUGUUAUUACUGUAUCUGUCUACCUUGGAGCUUUUCUCCCCAGGCCUCCACUGAA